AUGGCGUCAAACGACAUCACCCCUGUCCCUGCACCAUGGAAACUCAAAGGCGACGUCUACCUCUUCAGCUUCUGGGUGUCCAGGGCGCAGGCAGAGCAUCCACCCACGGUCACCUACUCCCCGCUGGAGGCGAACUCGCCUUUCAUCCGCCCGGACGGCAGCCGUCCGCUAGGUGGGCUCAGCAUGAUUCAGAUCAUCCGGUACACGGAAAGCCCCGUCGGCCCGUACGACGAGCUGAUCCUGAGCCCGGGCUUCCACGAGUACACGGUCGAGGAGAACGGCAAGCGCGUCAAGAAGAAGAACGCGAGGAUCACAAGGAUCUACGUGUCCCAGAAGUACACCUGCUGGAACGGCCGAAAGAACUGGAACAUUCCAAAGCAUCUCGCCGCGUUCGAAUGGAAGGAGAACUCGGACGGCAGCACGAGCGUCAAGGUCUUCCCUCACGACACAUCGGGCGACGUGAGGGAAUCGUCGGCGAGCACUGCCCCCUUAUUCCAGGCCACCUUCAAGCCCGUCCCCUACGUCCCAUCGUUCCCCCUCUCGCUCAACAUCUUCAAGUACGUCGGCGUCGACGCCACUCUCGUGCAGCCCCCGCUUCCGGAGGGCAACGGCAGCCAGGGCGAGCUGCCGGGAACGGAUCGGUGGUGCAGCAUCGCGCCUGGCCAGAGUUCCAAAAGGGCGAGUCUGGGGUGGUUCGACAUCCGGCAAGCGGACGAAAAGGGUAACAUCGUCGGCGAGCACGAGAACUUCUGGCCCGGUCUGGGGCGUUGGCAGAUUGGAUUGAAGAUGGAAAACUCGGACGUCACUUUUGCCGAACCAAAACACUGGGAUGCGCCCAGAUCAGUACUGUGA